UGUACUGAGACAGUGUGCACAUCUUCGGACCCUCACUUGACAUUUUGACUGUGGAUUUGUGACUCCUGUUCUCUCUUCUAUUUCUUUUAUUUUAAAUAUAUAUUUCCUUGGAUUAAAUGACUGAUUGCCAAAUGGUUUCCUCAGACUUUACAGAAGAUGAGAAGAUGGAGAUUGAGAGCAUUAAGACGUAUAAGAAAGACCUUUUGGACGAAAUCCAGAAGUUAAAGAUGGAGAUCGACAACGUGAUGGCCGAAGUACUCAGCUUUGAGUUUGCCGAGGAAAACAAGACGAUAGAGAAGAGCAAACGGUUUUCAAAUGGAAAGAAGAAAUUCAACAUGGACCCCAAAAAAGGAAUCCGGUACCUGGUGGAAAACAAGCUGCUGGAUGGAAGUGCUCAGUCCAUCGCCGAGUUCCUCUACAAGGAGGAGGGGCUCAACAAAACGGCGAUAGGGGAAUUUCUUGGAGAAAGGGAGGAGCUCCACCUCCAGACCCUGAAGGCCUUUGUGGAGCUGCACGAGUUCUCUGACCUCAACCUGGUCCAGGCCCUGAGACAGUUUCUGUGGAGUUUCCGUCUGCCCGGCGAAGCCCAGAAGAUCGACCGCAUGAUGGAGGCGUUUGCCACACGCUACUGCGACUGCAACACUCACGUCUUCCAGUCGACCGACACGUGCUACAUCCUGUCUUUCGCUAUAAUCAUGCUGAACACCAGCCUCCACAACCCCAACGUGAAGGACAAGACCACGCUGGAGCGCUUCUAUUCCAUGAACAGAGGCAUCAACAACGGCGAGGACCUGCCCGAUGAGCUGCUCUCGAAACUGUACGAGAGCAUUCGUAGCGAACCCUUCAAAAUUCCAGAGGACGACGGGAACGAUCUGACUCACACUUUCUUCAACCCCGACAGAGAAGGAUGGCUUUUAAAACUGGGAGGCCGAGUGAAGACGUGGAAGAGGCGAUGGUUCAUCCUGACUGACAACUGUCUCUACUACUUUGAGUUCACCACUGACAAAGAGCCCCGAGGCAUAAUCCCGCUAGAGAACCUCUGUGUGAGAGAAGUGCCGUAUCCUCGCAAACCGUACUGUCUGGAGCUGUACAGCCCCAACAGUCGAGGGCAGAAGAUCAAGGCGUGUAAAACGGAGACGAACGGCAGAGUGGUGGAGGGGAAACAUCAGUCCUACACCAUCUGUGCCGCCAGUGCCGAGGAGAGGGACUCUUGGAUCGAGGCCAUCAGAGCAAGUAUCACCAAAGACCCAUUCUACGACUUGGUCUCGGUGCGUAAGAAGAAGGUGAUAAACCAAGCGCCUCAGGAUUGAGCUGUCAGCUGCUUCCUUCCCUCACGGACACUUAUUGAACACACCACGGUGGGAUUCUGUUCUGGAAUCUGGACGUUGUGGAUCCCCCUUUUUUUUUUUAUCAGUUGUACUAAACACAAAAAACGAGAGGCGACGCGACACAGGAGGCUAGACGGAGCGACGCUGACACCGGUGAUGGAGUCUAAAAGAAGGGACUUCUCUUUCCGUCCCUCUUGAUGCAGACAGAGUUUAUCUGUGUCAAAGGUACAAAAGACGAUGACACAUCUUUGUCGCUCUUGAAAAAGCCGCAGAGACGUUGCUGGCGAGAAAACUCAAGAGUUUGCUGGUGCAUGUUUAAAUAUGGCUCAGUUUCUAUCACUAGAGGUUUGUUGGUUAUUUCGCAGAUGAUAUUUGCCCCACAAGCUUUAGUUUCCAUGUCAUAUUUCACAAAAAGACAAGAGAGUUCUCAAAUGACAAAAAGUAUUGUUUGGUUUGGUGUGAGCUGAAGAUAUUUUGUUGUACAGUUUAAGCAUUUUGCUGUUUGCUCUUUCACUGGUUGGUUGUAUAAAUAUUUUUUUGUGAUACUUUAUAAGAGGAAGUCUGUAUCUUUCACCCUUCACUGGAUUUUGAAGCACAGUGCAAUACAAUGCAAUACGCAUUUACGGCUCGUUCCACAUGAACAUGUACAUUGUGAAAUGGGUAUUUGUAUAUUAUGAGUGACUGUAUUUACUUUAAAACCCACCUUUAUUUUGUGAAACAUUGCAAUCACUGUGUGUGUUGUGUUCACAGGAAAAAA